CUUCAGACCAUUAAGAUCAACUUAAUUUUCAUUCAUAAACAUGGACUCUUUUGAGCCUCGUCGUCGGCGGCGGGCACGGAGGGUGCCCAGAGAUAAAUUUGCUGCAUUAAAAGCUUUUUUCGACUCGAGUAAUAUGUUUCACUACGAAGGGCUGCUUGGAAAUGGAGGCCAAGGUUCCAUUUACAAAAUCAAAUAUGUGGAAUUAAAUAAACCCAAUCCUCUGUCUCGAAGAUUAGUGGCUAAAGUAGCGGAUCCAUCUAGAGGAUCAGAUGUUGAAGGAGUGGCAAGAGAGAAAAUGAUUUUAGAGACGUUACGUUAUUGUCAACAUAUUGUGAGCAUGAUAGAUAGUCCAGAUGAUCCAUUAGCUUCUGCUCAACGUCUCGGCUGGGCAUGGAUUUUUCUAGAGGAAAUGGAAAAUGGUACUCUAAAUGCCUUUUUGAAAAGGGCUAGAGUGGCGGGGUUUGUGAGUCUACCAAAUCGUAUGCUUUGGCGAAUAUUUCUCUGUAUGAUUCGGGCUUGUAUUGAUAUGGCAUGGCCUCCAAGUUCGUCAGAUAGUGAUGAGAAAACUAUUCAAUUUCUUGAUAAACCAACAGGGUUGGUACACAAUGAUAUACAUGGUGGCAACUUCAUGUUCGGAUCACUCGCGGAUGACCCCGAGCACGCUAUUUCACCAAUAUUAAAACUUUUAGAUUUUGGCCUUGCCCAAAGAAUUAAUUCGAGUGACUUUGCUUCAGUUGCGACUGGAGAGCAACAGAAUAUAGAAGAUAUAGGAAUAAUGAUGGCUACCAUUCUAACCCUCCAAACCGACUGGAAGUAUACAGGAGAAGAUGUACAAGUAGAUCUAAGCAGGCUUGGUUAUUCUUCUGCCGUACUAUCGCCGGCCUCUGGUAUACUGGGCGGUCCCGAACAUGAUGAGCCAGAUCCGCUUCCAUACAUUGAUCGAGACAUGCGUCUUAUUAUCGCGGCAUGUAUGGCGAGCAAUCCACAAGACCGCCCCAUGAUGGUUGACCUUGAGCGAUGGGUUUAUAGCGAGGUUAGUAACACGCAACCCGCAUAUUAUGGUAUCAAUCGCGGUGGUGCAGAAUGGGAGAGCAACGAGACGAUCUGUAAUAUCGUACAGCAAUGCAUAUUUGAUGCUCUUGAAGAUGUAACUUGAAAGGUUUUAUUAGGCUGGAUAAGCUUUCUUAUCAUUUAUAUUUUUAAUAUAUAUAGAGUACUGAAUAUGC